AUGCCGUCAUCGUCGUCGUCGAUGGACUGCAUCGCCUCAAGGGACAAGGAGACGCCACCGCUCAACAGGGCGGCGGCGUGGUGGACCGGGGAGACGGUGGCGGUGGUGACGGGCGCGAACCGCGGCAUCGGGCACGCGCUGGCGGCGCACCUGGCGGAGCAGGGCCUGUGCGUGGUGGUCACGGCGCGGGACGAGGCGCGCGGGGAGGCCGCUGCGGCCGCGCUCCGCGCCAGGGGACUCCGCGGUGCCGUGCGGUUCCGCCGCCUCGACGUCGCCGACCCGGCCUCCGUCGCCGCGUUCGCGUCGUGGGUGCGCGACGAGCUCGGCGGCCUCGACAUCCUGGUGAACAAUGCUGGGGUGUCGUUCAACGAGAUGGACACCAACUCCGUGGAGCACGCGGAGACGGUCCUCCGGACCAACUUCUACGGGGCCAAGAUGCUCACCGAGGCGCUGCUGCCACUCUUCCGCCGCUCGCCCACCACCAGCCGCAUCCUAAACAUCAGCUCCCAGCUUGGUCUUCUCAACAAGGUGAAGGACCCUCAGCUGCGGCGCAUGCUCCUGGACGAGGCGGCGCUGACGGAGGGCAACAUCGAGGGGAUGGCGUCGCGGUUCCUGGCGCAGGUGGCGGACGGCACCUGGCGCGGGCGCGGGUGGCCCGAGGUGUGGACGGACUACGCCGUGUCCAAGCUGGCCCUCAACGCCUACUCCCGCCUGCUGGCGUCGCGGCUGGCCGGGCGCGGGGUGAGCGUCAACUGCUUCUGCCCCGGGUUCACGCGCACCGACAUGACGCGGGGACUCGGCAAGCGCACCGCCGAGGAGGCCGGACGCGUCGCCGCGGGGCUCGCGCUGCUCCCGCCCCAGCACCUGCCCACCGGCAAGUUCUUCAAGUGGCGCACGCCUCAGCUCUACUCCAAGCUCUGA